UCGUCGCCAUCUUGGCAGUUUUCGACGACGAAGAUCAACUGCACAGUGGUGGCCCCAUGGAAGGCACGCUGGAAGAACCCCCUAUUAAGGACUCGUCUCAAGCUAGUCCUGAUAAGAUUCUUAAAGAUGUGAUUCCAAAUGGGAUUAAUGGAAAUUAUAAUGACAAGGAAGAAUUCAUUGAUGCAGAUACUAAUAUAUCCAAACUCGUGUCAAAAGAAAUUAGUAGUGUAGUAAAAGAAAAAAGGGAGGCAAAUGGAAAUGAAGAUGAUGAGGACAAACAUAGAAUGGAAGUUGAAAUUGAAGAAAGGGAUUUAGAACCUGAAAAUAGUGAACAGAAUGGGAUAGCACAAAGUAGAAGUAAAAGAAGUGAAAUGUCAGAGUCAGAAAAUGACUCUAAAAUGUCUAAAUCCUCAGAGGGUGUCAGUGAGAUAAACAAUUUUAGUGAAGUGUCUAAGACUGAAGAUAAGUGUAAAAACACAUCAUGUGAAUCUAUGGAAGUUGAUGAACAAAGUAAUAAUUCAGAUGUUGAAUGUCUUGAUGAAAAUAUAACAGAAAUACAUUCAGAUAAUGAUGAUGUGUUCACUAUGAAAAAUUCUGCCCUUAAAGAUAAUAAAGAUUCAUCAGGCAGUAGUGAUUUACAAAUUAAUGUCAGUAGUGACAUUGCUGAUAGUAGCAUGGAUACAUCUGAUGUGAAAAUCUGUGAAGAAAAUGGAAGUUGCGAUAGUCCUGAUAUUGAAGAAAUAACUGAUAGUGCAAAAAAUGGUCACAAUACUUCACCAGAACGUGCUAAUAAAGAUUCAAAACAAAGAAAAUCUAGAAAGCAAGUAGAUCUUAGUAGUAUUACGCCAAGAAGAAGUUCUCGUAAUAUAAAGAGGACAAGUUAUAUAGAAAAAGAAAUAGAAGAGGAAGUGGAUGAUGAUGGUUCAGAUAUUGAAGAAAUUAAGCCAGAAGAUCCUUUAGCUGGUGUUGAUAGUAAAGACAAAGAAAAUUCUAAAUUAAAAUCACCAGUCAAAAAUAGUAAAACUACUAUUGUAGUUAAUGACACUAAACGAUUGGUAGAAAUUGCUGCUGGUAGUAAAUCUGUAAAAGGAGGAAAAAAAGAACCUACUUUAGUUAUUAUAGACACAAAUUCUAUACUCUCUGGGCGUGGUGGUGUUCCUGUGAGUAGCAGUAAACCCCAUCACACUGUUUCUAGUACUAGUUCAUUUUCAGUAGUUCCAAUGGGAAUGACAACACAAACUAUGUAUCCUAAUAUGAGGACAACUAUUACACCAGUGCCCAUGACAUCAAAAACUGCACAAUUGAGCCCUAAAACUACUAGUAUGACUACAGUAACACCAACAGUAACGCCUCCUAUAUUACCUACUUUAACUGAUGAUAUGUUUGUGGUAGAAGCACCAUCUUUUAUAGUACCAUAUGUAUAUGAAAAACCACCUCUGAAACCAUUAAAAGAAUUUGUUACAAAAUUGGAAAAAUGUUUAGAAGAACAAGAAAAGGAAGAAAGAAGCCAAAGAGGCAUAGAAGAAAAUAAAAGAGAAGAAUGUGAUGAAGAUUCAUUAGAUAUGAAUCAAAAAAAUAAGGAUAAAAGUGAAGAAAGUGAAAAUGAAGGAAACUGUAAGAGUAAAAAAGAUGAAGACAGAGGUGACAAUUCAUUAGAUAUAACUGAAUCUGGAUUUAGUAACAUAAGUGAUAAACAAGAUAUACGGCAAGAUGAUAGGAAUAAAGUACUAACAUAUUUUGAUUUACCAUUGGGAAAAUUUUUCAUGCAAAUUGGAGUGAAUCUUGUUCAAGAAUAUGUGCAAACUGAUCUUUUACGGACUCAAAAACGUAAACAGGGCAAAGGUAGCACAUCGGCUGAAACUCAAUUAGCUAUAAAUUCGCUCAUUAAGAACUUAGAAUUUAGUAAAGAAAAUAAUGAACCAUUCCAUUUAGAACUGAAAAAAUGUGAAUUCUGUAAUUUUAAAACGGAAUCAACUUUAGUCAUGCAACAUCAUUUAGAAACUCCACAUAUGCGCAAUUAUGUCUACAAGUGUAAUUUUUGUCCAAUUGAAGUGCGUAGUCCUCAUGAUAUUUUAUUCCAUAUGGAAGCAGAACAUAAUACUCGCGGGAGGUUGGAACGGGGUCCAGCUUUUCAUCAAUGUCCUAAUUGUCCAUUUGAGGAUAACCAAAAAGGGAAAUUAACACGACAUAUACUUGCUUGUACUAAGAAAUUUAGACCAGAAAAAAAUCUCGAACCAGCUGCUGAUUGGGAACCUCCAGCAAAAAUUCCAAGAUUAAAUCGAGCAAGGCCUGUUGCACCAACUAAUCCCAGUGCACUUGCAAUGGCAAUGAGUGGUAAAGGACCUCAACCACUUUUACCAAAAUUACUUCCUGCUCCAGUCACUGGUCGCGGAAGAGGACGGCCACCUAUGCAACCAAGAUAUUCAGAUUUGAAAACGUUACGACCAGGUGGUACAACAAUGCGACAAGAUAAUGUUGCAGGAAUGAUGUAUCGUCCAACAUCAUCUGGUUUGUUAGUCCCUACUUCGUAUCAAUUUGGUAGUAACCAAAUAUUUCAGGUGGUGGGUGGCUCUGGGACUGUCAUGUCGGCUGUCUCGGGAGUGAGUAGCAGUAGCGGCAGUUCCGGUCAACCCACACCCAUUGCACUUGUACCCAACGUAAUCGACUCUCUCUCUAGAUUGUCCUCAUCACAGAAUACAACAACAAGUCCCAAAAAUCCUACAGCAAAAUUGUUAAGUCAACCAAGUAUAUCUAUAACUCCAUUACCACGUACAACAUCUCAAUCCUCUAUUCCUGGUUCUGGAACUUCAUCAAAAUCUGGAGGAAAAACCACAUUUGUUAUAUGUGAAAUUUGCGAUGGGUAUAUUAAGGAUUUAGAACAACUACGUAAUCAUAUGCAGUGGAUUCACAAAGUUAAAAUACAUCCAAAGAUGAUUUAUAAUAGACCUCCAUUGAAUUGUCAAAAAUGUCAAUUUCGGUUUUUCACAGACCAGGGUCUGGAAAGACAUUUACUUGGAUCUCAUGGCUUAGUUACA